AUGAUGUUUGGUCAAUUACAAUCAGAACCAAUAACUGCUUUUAACAAAGAAUCCCAACUUGAAGAAAGUUAUAGUUCUUUAGUUGACCUUAUACCACGUGUUCAGGAUGUUCAACGUUUGGCACAAAUUCCACGUCUUUCCAAAUUUCGAGAUUCAACAAAUCAAUGGAAAGGUGAAGAAAACGAAAAUAAAAAUUUAUCAAUUACUAAACAACAAAAAAGACAAUCAUCAAAAUCCCCCCAACGUUUUGAAGGGAUUAAAGGACAACAACAAUCUUCUACUUCUUCCUUUUCUUCUCUUUAUGACAAAAUUUCUACUAGCUGGUUUAAAACUUGA